AUGCAAUUGACUCUUGAAUUCGGAGGUGGUUUAGAGCUGCUCUGUGAUUCUGAAAAGAUCCAUAAAGUAAACGUCGAUUUGCCCAAUGGAGAAGAUGAUUUAACAAUGAAGCAUUUGCUUUCUUGGGUUCGUACAAAUGUGAUCAAAGAGAGGCCUGAGAUGUUCAUGAAAGGAGAUACUGUGAGACCUGGAGUUCUUGUGCUAGUGAAUGACUGUGAUUGGGAGCUAAGCGGUCAGCUCGAUACAACAAUCGAAGACAAAGAUGUUAUAGUUUUCAUUUCGACCUUGCACGGUGGAUAA